GAGCGAGCGAGCGAGUGAGCUGUGAGCACCAUGGGAUGGCCUCGAGGUCUGCUGAUUCAGGGCGCGCUCCCGUCCUCGUAUCCAGAGUCUGUCUUAGCCGGAGUUGAUUUUUGCUCUCAAACCAGAGCCAAACCUCUCCGUGGGCAGAGAGCGAGAUAUCGCAUUGCUCCACAAUCUCGCUUUCAAGCUUGUGGAGAAAUAAUACAUAGUUUCUAAAAAUCAGCUUGGCUGUUCUUGUCAUUGAAACCUAACAUUGAAGGAAAGUACAAUAUCUGAAGUGCAUCGUGAGAGUGCGUCUUGAUCCGAAGGAAGGAGCAGAAUAUUCAUUACCAGUUUAGUGAGGGAUGCACAUACAUUGCCGUGGCCGCUGACCUGGAAGUGAUAACCUCAUGAGCUUCGCCAUGGAUCCCGCCAUGUCGGAACAUCUGGACGAUGGAACAUCGGGAAUGGACACCGAGGACGUAUCCAUGGAUCCCACAGAGGAAUGCCAGAUUUGUCAGGACCCCGCCAUUCGACAUUUGCAUUACGGCGCCAUUACUUGUUUUUCGUGCAAGGCCUUCUUUCGCCGAACUAGUCAAAGCAAGGCGUAUGAAAAAUUCAUGUGCAAAUCAACAGGAGAGUGCAAUGUGCUCCACAAGCUUCGAAAAAAGUGCAGAAAAUGUCGAUAUGAGAAGUGUAUUCGGGUGGGCAUGAAACCAUCGUUAGUGCUGUCGGAUGAGGAGAAAGUGAAACGCUUCAAGAAAUCCCUAAGCAAGAAAGCCAUGGACAAAGAUGGCUUUGGAGAAGGUCCCAGUCUUAGUCCCAGAUUGGGACGUGCUAACCAACAACCUCUUUUUCCCCGCAUGACCGAGAGAAAUGAGAGCAUCCUGUAUUCCUCAGGCUCCUACCCCAAUCCUCCUCCGGCUCAAUUUAACCCUGUGCCCAUGGUUAGAGAGCGAAGUUCCUUAGAAUGCUUGAGCGACAUCACCUCAGAUCGCCACUUUUUGGAGAGAGAGCCCAAACCCACGCCAUAUUAUGAACCCACCAUGUCCACUGUUCCCAAAUCAAAAGAGAUCUGUGCCAAGGAGUCUAAUCCUAGAUUCGUCUGGACAACCGCUAGUGAGGCUUCGUCGCCUCCUCUCACAGAGACGUGUGAUAUUGGCCGUGACCCGGAGCAUCGGGAUGAGUGCCGUCUCAUUCCGCAGCCCAUGGACCGACAUCGCCGCCGAUCAGAGAUCACCGAAGACGAGGUAUUCCUUCUGCAGAAGCUAGAGUACAUUCACGACUCCAACUACCAGUCGGUUGCAUUUGGCGAGGAGCUUGUCAAGGCCCUAGUCAUGACCUCGGCCUUCGGAAUUCCGCUUACGCCAGGCCAAACGAUGAUGGCAUAUCGUCUGAUGAUACAAAGGGUCACCAAAGUGGCUCAGGGAUUUGACGAGUUCAGAGAAUUGCCCAUUCCCGAUCAAACAUCCCUCCUGAAGAGCAACGCAGAUCUCAUGGUCAGUCUGAAAGGGGCCGUUUUUUUCGAUAAACGCAACAUGGGCAUCGAUCAGAUUCUGUUCUCCAUGGGCCUCGACGACAUCGAGAUGGCCAAGAGAAUGAUCAUGAGCACCAGCAAGACUGCUGGGUGCAAAAUGAAUCACAUCGAUUACAAAAGCUACAACACCAUUCAAGAGUUGAACGACACUCCGGAUGAGGAGCGAUAUCAAUGGCUGUUGGCUCAAAUCGGUGAAGUUAUUACCUCGUUUCCGUCUCUGACCAAGGUCCUUACCUACGUGGUCCUUCUCUGCCCAGAAGAUUGUCAGUUAAUCCAACGCGAUAAAGUCCAAAGUAUGCAAUAUACCAUUAUGAAUCUUACACGAAAAAUGAUCUACUCGCAGUACAACUAUGAAGUGGCAACCAACAUUUACGGCAGGGUCACCAACAUUAUCGACUACCUCCGAGAACUGAUGGUGUUAAAAAAGAAACGACCUCUAACCAAUCCCGUCCACCACGGCACUGACAACAACUGUCCUCCUUCGAUUCAGUCCCACUAAGAGGUCCUUCGUUUGGAAUUUGGACGGACAAAUUUGAGUUACCCUCGAUGUUUGAAUGUGUUACAAGACCUCUCGUCUCGGACUUCCCUGAUGUGCUUUUCGCCAAGCAUUUUGUAACAAAUGUGAAAAGUGUUAUGUCAUACCGUUCGAGAGGAAGGUUCAAGAAUUGUUAAUAUCCAAAAUUGGAGAGUUUACCUAUCGCGUGUAGCAAGAAAGUGUUGCUCAAUAGAUUCAUUAUUCUUGUCAAGUUCAAAUAGAAUUGUACCCCAAACUUUUAAA